GACGCAAAAACCGGAUUCCUCAGUGAAAUGAUCAAUCGAUAGUGGUUUUCGGGUUAAAUAUUCAGCAUGAUAUCCUCGAUCGUUUUAGGUGCAAUACGUAGGCAGUGUUUAAACCGCUUUCGUCCGUUUGCUGCCCAGAAACUGGUGCUAGGACGAGAUUUCUGCACGAAUUCGCUUCCGGGACAGGGGAAACGCCGAACCAAAGAUGAUUUUUCGUUGCUCAGCGAGGCACACCUGAACCCGGAUCAUUUCGGGACACUCUCACCGCAGGUCGAUGAACCGGAAACCCCGGACGAGGGUGAUCUGCGUGAAGAAGAGUUCCUCCAGAAUCUACCGUCCCGGGCCCAGAAGCUCUCCGUACGCGAGUAUGCCGAUUUGAUCAAGGAUCACCUGAAAAAUGGGCGCAUCCGUGAAGCGCUGGACGUGGUGGAGGUGCGCAUGAAGGAGGAUCGCGUGAAACCGGUCAACUAUCACUUCAACCUACUGAUCGGUGGCUGCGCUCGGGUAGGCUACAGCAAAAAGGCGUUCCAGCUGUACAACAAAAUGAAACAGCACGGUUUGAAGGUGACAGGCGGAACGUACACCUCGCUGUUCAACGCCUGUGCGAUGUCACCCUUUCUGGCCGAUGGUUUGAACCGUGCCAACCACCUGCGCGAGGUGAUGCUAGAGAAAGGCUACGAACCGAACGGAUCGAAUUAUAAUGCCAUGAUCAAGGCGUACGGUCGGUGCGGCGAUCUGAAGACGGCUUUCCAGUUGGCCGAUGAGAUGGUCGCAUCGGGAAUGUCGAUCGAAACGUCCACGUUCAACUUUCUGCUUCAGGCUUGUAUCACCGAUCGUGAGUACGGUUUCCGGCACGCACUGCUGGUUUGGCAUCGGAUGCACCGCAUGAGGGUAUUGCCCGAUCGAUACUCGUUCAAUCUGCUGCUCCGCUGCGUUCGCGACUGCCAGUUGGGCGAUCUAGAGACGACACAACAGUUGAUCGAACAAAUUCUGCGCGAAAGCAUCGGGAAGAGCGAAAAGAAAAGGGAACUGUUAUCAUCGGGAGAUGAAGGCAAGCUGGAACUGUCGGACUGGGAAACGGGGCAGCCGCUAGUGGAGACCACCGAUGGGGAGCUUAGCGAUCGUCUGCUACACGAAGGUGUUCCGGAUCUCCUAUCACCCAAACCACACCUCGGAAGCUUAGUGAAGCUAGGUGAGGUACGAAAACCCGAAGACCGGUUACUGUUGCUCGGUGGCACCGCGAAAGUUUUCUCCGAGAUGGAACGGUGUGGUGUAGAACCAGACAUUCGCACACUGACCGAGCUGUUGGAUGUGAUUCCUCCAACGUAUGCGGCCGAAAAGCAGCUCCUAACGAUAAUCAAGCAACGGAAGCUGCGCUGUGAUGUGGACUUUUUCAACAUCCUCAUCAAGAAGCGUUCGAUGCGGUUCGAUUACGAUGGCGCAAAGGAUGUCCUGCACAUGAUAGAGGCAGCCAACCUCGAACCGGACAUCGUUACGUACGGUGUGCUGGCCCUCGGCUGCCAGACUCAAGAGGAAGCUCGCUCGCUACUGAAAAUGAUGCAGGAUGCGGACGUGCGCAUCAAUAUCGAGAUACUUGGUGCCAUGCUAAGGCAGGGCUGCGCCAGACAGAACUUCCGCUACAUCACCGAAGUCCUGACCAUCGUAAAGCGGGAGCGAUUAAAGCCGAACGAACACUUCCUUCGUCACCUCGAGUCAUUCGCCAAGGAGUGUGAGAAACGGAACCGAGAGUACGACGCGAAACCGCGCAAGAAGGGCCGGGAGGAGUUUAAGAUGGAGUACAAUCGCUACCGGAUGCAACUGGAUGCCUGGAGGGAACAUAUGGGAUUGCAUGGUCUCGAGCUGGAUCGAGCGCUCGGGAUCGUACGCGAUCAUCCGUGGGAACAGUUCAAACAACCGCAGGCCGAUGGAUUCGAGGCGGUGAAGAAUCCAAAGCUACGCCAUAAAACGAAAAAACAGCAUCAGAUCCGGCAGGUCGUGCUGGAUGCGAUGCCUGAAGUGAAACCACCACAGGUGACCGGUGGCAGCGCGAAAUCAGACGUACGGUUGGUGGAUUGAUUGUGAUCUCCAAUAAAGAUGCCCAGUAGUUUACGAGUAAAACUGAAAUAGCCAAACACUGCAGGUGGACGUCGUCGAAUUGUG